AUUUGACAUCGUUUUUUCCAAAUUUGGUAGUGAGUGGAAACGCCAAGCGGAUGCUUCACAUUUUCACAUCCGGUGGAACAUCUGUCUCAUUGUUCUAUCUGUGUCUCAAUGGUUCCCAGUUGUUCCGAACGCGACAUGUCUCAAGUGUUUGUUUAAGAUCCAACCGGCGAUGUCACGCAUCUAAAUGUACAUUUGUGUAAACGGUGUAACAACAGUGUGGGUGUUUUGCAGCAGAGGAGAAUCAUCAUGAAGACUCUGCUGGUGUUUGACUUCGACCACACCUUGGUGGAUGACAACAGUGACACCUGGGUCAUUCAGUGUAUCCCGGACCAAUGCCUGCCAGACCUGGUCAAGAACUCCUACCAGAAGGGACUCUGGACAGAGUACAUGGGCAGAGUCAUGUCCUAUAUAGGAGACCAGGACAUCAGCCCCGAUACAAUCCGCAGUGUGAUGGAGACAAUACCGUUUACAGAUGGAAUGAUUGAACUGUUGGCGUUCAUUGUGAGUAACAAGAACGACAUUGACUGCAUCAUUAUCUCAGAUUCAAACACAGUGUUCAUCGACUGGAUACUGCAGGUGGCCGGGGUUCAAGACGCGGUCGACCAAGUCUUCACCAAUCCGGCUGCGUUUGACACGCGUGGCUACAUGGAGAUAGAAUGUUACCAUUCUCACCAGUGUAGCCAGUGCCCUGUCAAUCUGUGUAAGAGGAAAGUGCUGGCUGAUUUCCUAGCAGGGCAGUUGAAGGGAGGGGUAGAGUAUCAGAGAACUUUCUAUGUAGGGGACGGAGGGAACGACCUUUGCCCUUCCAACAGUCUAAGGGAAGGAGACGUGGUGUUCCCUAGAAAGGGUUACACCUUAGAGAGGCUGCUCUCUAGACAGAGGGCACAACAAGGAGAGGGUUCAUCCAACCCGAGAGUCGUAGGAUGGACAAGUGGAAAAGAGAUCCUGAUGGAACUGAAAGCAUGUGUUCCCCUGUAGGGUGCAGCUCUUUCUCAUACUAAAUGAAGUGUACUUGCAACGAUUAAAAAGUAACCCAAAUGCUUGCGAGGGAAGGAUUGUGAUUGUGUCUUUGUCCUGUUUUGAAAAGUUUUUGAAGAUCCAAAUUUGUAAGUCGCUCUGGAUAAGAGCGUCUGCUAAAUGACUUAAAUGUAAAUGUAAAUGUAAAUCAUUUUAAAUGAGCGGGACUGUAUCACAUCAUUCUCUCAGGUUCAGAUGCAAAUGAAUGUACAUCUUUGUGCUUAUUUUUGUCUUUAGCAAAUGUAGAGAGAUACAGAACCCAAUAAACAGAAAAGGAAAAACAAAUCACACCUGUAAAUUACAUGUUAUAACUGUUUAUCAUGAAAUAUAUAUUCUAGGAUGUACAGUCAAUAAAAGACAUUGGCAUCACUUUUUACUAGGGCACUCUAUGUGCAAAAUGUAUUACCAGUCCUGUGUAUUAACAGUGCAAUUAUCUGUUGUCUCUACUAGGCUCUAUUGUGAGUGUUAUUAUAUAAAUGGCCGAUUACUGCUUCAGCAGUGCGGUUUCGUGGACCGUGACCCCGUCUCCCUGCCUCCCAAGAUAACCCUCUGUCUGUCCCUUUGUGUCAAUACGCUGAUAGUAGGACGAGGCGCGGUGAAUGUGAUUGGUCGAACGCUGUUAUUUGCGGCUGGUAAGAUUAUCAGAGACGCUGCUGUCUUCGGCUGAGAUGCUCUUGUCACAUCAGCUGAGCGCCUGCCCCGUCAGCCUAAAUAGAUAACGAAACUAAAUAGCGGAAUGUCCGGCGUUUAUUAGAUUGGUUGGUUUACAAGGGAAUUGGGUAUAAAUAAGGAUUUAUAACAGAUGGCGUGUGAUGCGGUUUGACUCGCUCCAAACACAGAGGAUGCUUUAACAACAGGACAAGAAACCAUGUCGAGCAGGUAGAUGUGUGGCUGUUGUUCAGUGAGCUGUGUUAAUGAUCUUCACUCGGGACUAUUUACAUUGAAUAGUAUUCUGUCAAGUGUAUGUAGGUCCUAUGUGAAUCCAUUACAUUGUGUUUUAAAUAAGACGACUAAUAGAUUACAUGAUCAAAUACUCUCUGGAUCCAUUGCAAAACCAUGUAUGUUUACUAUCUGUGCUCAGUUCAUCGUUUUUUGCAAGGUGUUGCUGCUUACAGUAUUGCAAAAUGUUCAUUAUGCAAUGUUUUCUGUUUUAGCAAUAAACCCAAUUUGAUUCUA